AUGGCUGGUGCAUACCCUGCGGGUAUUUUUGUCGAUGCAAACAAUAACGUCUAUGUAGGUGAUCGAACGAAUCAACGGAUUCUUAUAUGGUUUAACGGAAGCAGCACACUUACUAGAAGUAUCACAAGUGGUUUAAACGAUCCAUUUUCUCUCUUCGUCACGGAUAAUAAUGAUCUUUAUGUCAGUAAUGCUUACUUAGAUAAUCGAGUUGACAAAUGGGCAUGGGACACGACAAUUAGUGUUCCAACAAUGUAUACGUGUGAACAAUGCACUACUAUUUUUGUGGAUAUUAAUAAUAUGCUUUACUGUACACUGUAUGAUAAUCAUCAGGUUAUCUACAAAUCAUUGACCCAAAACUUGAAUGUAUGGAGUAAUGUUGCCGGUGUAAGUGGUACAGCUGGGUCAACCUCAACUACACUUAAUAAUCCUUGUGGAAUCUUUGUCGAUAUUUACUUGAAUUUAUAUGUGGCUGAUUAUGCAAACAAUCGAAUUCAAAAAUUUGCAUCAGGACAAUUGAAUGCAGUAACAAUAUCAACAGGAUCUAUCACAUUGUCUAAUCCAACUUCAGUUAUAAUUGAUGCUGAUGGAUAUCUCUUUAUUGCUGACUUUAAUAAUAAUCGUCUUAUUGGUUCGGGACCUAACGGUUUUCGAUGUAUAAUGGCAUGUUCUGGAUCAUCCGGUUCAUCAUCCAGUCAAUUAAAUGCUCCACAUACCAUUAUGUUUGACAGUUAUGGAAAUAUAUUCGUCGCUGAUGAGUGGAAUAAUAGAAUUCAAAAAAUUUUAUUCUUAUCAAACUCAUGUAAUACAACCACAAUAACAACUACAGCUGCUGUUGCAACAACUAUGGCGAGCGUCAUUCAAGCAACUACUACCUCAACACCUGUGUCUUAUUCAAACGUUAUAUCAUUCAAUCAACCAAAAUUUGACGCCUAUGCUGCUUGGGAUAGCAUUGGAUUUACUUUUGCAACUAGUAGCAUAGUUGGGACAAGUCCAUAUGGAAUUUUUGUAGACACUAACAAUACGGUUUAUGUAGCCAAUCGAGCAAACAAUCAAAUUCGAAUAUGGUCAUCAGGAAGUACUACACUCACAAGAAAUAUUACCAGUGGUGUAAAUUCUCCAUAUAGUAUCUUUGCUACAAUCAAUGGUGAUAUUUAUGUUGAUAAUGGAUAUACAAAUAAUCGAGUCGAUAAGUGGGCAUCAAACCGAAGUAUUAGUACUUCCGUAAUGCAAGUUCAAGAUGCAUGUUAUGAUCUCUUUAUCGAUGUUAAUAAUACUCUUUACUGUUCAUUGUAUAGUGAACAUCAAGUUGCUAUAAAAUCAUUGAAUGGUAAUUCAAGUAUGUGGAUUGUUGCUGCUGGUAUCGAAUGUAAUGGAUCAACUUCGAAUGCCCUUUAUAAUCCUCGUGGAAUCUUUGUUGAUACAAAUCUCAAUUUAUAUGUUGCUGAUUGUGGAAACGAUCGGGUGCAAUUAUUUUUAUCUGGACAAGUAACAGCAACGACAGUAGCAGGAAGUACAGCUACUGGAACUAUCUCACUUAAUUGUCCUAGUGAUGUUGCACUUGAUGGUGAUGGAUAUCUUUUUAUUGUAGACAGCAGUAAUAAUCGUAUUAUUGGUUCAGGACCUAAUGGCUUUCGAUGUAUAAUUGCAUGUGGAUCUACUAGGGGUUCAGCAUCCAAUCAAUUAAAUAAUCCAUCAACUUUUAGUUUUGAUAGUUAUGGAAAUAUAUAUGUUACGGAUCAAAGUAAUAAUCGAGUACAAAAGUUUAUGUCAAUACCAAAUACUACUUAUCCUGUCUCUUUUAAUCAACCAAACUUGUGUCCAUCGACAACUUGGUAUACAAAUGCAAUUACAUUUGCUACUAGUAGUACAGUUGGAACAAAUGUAUAUGGUGUUUUCGUUAAUAUUAAUAAUGCUGUUUAUGUGGCUAAUCAACAAACUAACAAGGUUGCAGUAUGGUUCGAAGGAAGUAUUAAUCCAGAUAAAAUUCUUUCUGGUAGUCUAAGUUCACCAUUUGAUCUUUUCGCCACUGCUGUAGGUGAUAUAUACGUUGAUAAUGGUUUAAAUAAUGGUCAAGUUAAUAAAAUUUCAUUCAACUCAAGUAUAAGUACUUCUGUAAUGUCAGUUCCUAAUGCAUGUUAUGGUAUUUUUGUUGAUAUUAGUAAUAAUCUUUAUUGUUCUCCAUUUAAUUAUCAUCAAGUUGUUAAGAAAUGGUUAAAUAAUAAUGCACUUACAUCAACUAUUGUUGCUGGUACAGGUACAGCUGGAUCAACUGCGACUACACUUAAUACGCCUAUUGGAAUUUAUGUCGAUGCUCAAAUUAAUUUAUAUGUUGCGGAUACUAUGAACAAUAGAAUUCAAUUUUUUUCUGUUGGACAAUUCACUGGAAUAACAGUAGUAGGAGAUGGCGCGCCAGGAACUAUUACACUUUAUUAUCCAUAUGGUAUUACAUUAGAUGGUAGUGGAUAUCUUUUUAUUGUCGAUUCUUAUAAUAAUCGAAUAAUUGGAUCAGGACCAUAUGGUUUUCGAUGUUUAUUUGGAUGUGCAGAAGUAUCGGGCUCUGCAUCAGAUCAAUUGAAUCAGCCAUCAACUUUAAGAUUUGAUAGUUAUGGAAAUAUAUUUGUCGCUGAUAGAUAUAAUGAUCGAGUGCAGAAGUUUAUAUUAGCAUCAAAUUCAUGUAGUCUGUCUUAUAAUCAACCAAUAUUUUGUUAUAAUGCUUCAUGGUCUGUAAAUGCCGUCACUUUUGCAUCAAGUAGUACAAUUGGUUCAUUCCCAUAUGGUAUUUUUAUUGAUGGAAUUAAUACUGUUUAUGUAGCUAAUCGAGUUAGUAACACUAUUAUAACAUGGCCUCAAGGGAGUACUACAUCAACAAGUAAUAGUUAUAGUAAUUUGAAUAAUCCAUAUAGUCUUUUUAUGUCGAUGACUGGUGAUAUUUAUAUUGAUAAUGGUUAUGUAUAUGGUCGAGUCGAUAAAUAUAAUUUUAAUACAUUAAAUCGUGUUACUGUUAUGAAUGUUAAUGGAAGUUGUUAUAGUUUAUUUAUUGAUAUUAAUAAUUAUCUUUAUUGUUCACUUAAAAAUCGUCAUCAAAUUGUUAAACUCUUACUUAAUAAUGGUACAACCAUACCGACAAUUGCAGCCGGUAAUGGUUCUGCUGGAUCACUAUCAAAUAUGCUUAAUUCUCCUCAAGGAAUCUAUGUUGAUAGUAAUUUAAACUUAUAUAUUGCAGAUUGUGCUAACAAUCGUGUUCAAUUUAUUCAAACUGGUCAAUUAAAUGGAAUGACAAUCGUUGGUAAUGGGUCAUCAGCAAAUAUUAUACUCAACUAUCCAACUGGAAUUGUUCUUGAUGCUAAUGAUUAUCUUUUUAUUGUCGAUAGUUAUAAUCAUCGUAUUAUUGGUUCAAGUUCUACUGGCUUUCGAUGUAUAGUAGGAUGUUCGGGAGGUGGUUCAUCUUCGUCUAAAUUAUCUUUUCCACAAAGUAUGGCUUUUGAUAGCUAUGGAAAUAUAUAUGUUACUGAUCGAAAUAAUAGUCGAGUGCAACAAUUCACUCUACAAAUCAACAACUGCAUAUAA